AUGCUAAUAGUUCGUACGACAUCAAACUUAACUGAUGUCAAACAAAAUUAUAACUCGACUUUCAAGGACUAUCUGGAUAAGUUCAAACCUAGUCAGAUAUGGAUGGAGGUUGAGGAAAGAAAUAGAUUGAAAGGCUUAAACAGCACACUGAAAGACGAAUUAGAGACGAUACUGAAACGCAUGGACCCGACGGAUGAACUACUAGCGGUGAAAGUCAAAAACGGAAACCCUAGAGUAGUGAUCGAUAAGAAUAAAGACGCUAGGAGACAAUAUAAGCCACCAGGGAGGAUAGCGUAUACGAAAUUCGAUCAGUUCAAAGUGAGGAACAGGCUGCUCGAGCUGAUGAAGCAGGCGAUAUACCAGGCCAGAAACAAAAUGAUCAUCAUGCAGGACCUAAGGGCAAAAUACAAUAAGAUAUCCGUCUACAAGAUGGGCUUCCUCAUGUCCAAAACAGAUAACGCGUGUAGAAUUUUCGCCACUUUCGCCUACAAAUCAUUUAAAUUCUGCACGUUGCAGAGACAGUACUCUCUCAAGAAUUUCAAUCUGCUGCAAAACUUAGAAGCAAUAGAAAGGUUGAUAGACCUAUGGUUUGAUGUGGACCUACUCAUAGAUCUGGUCUUCCUCAACCAUGACAACUGCCUGCGCAUGUUGAGAAUGGUUAUAAGUAAUAGGAAACAUGCUUGGAAAUUCGUUGACUAA